UGAUCUUCUGCCUGAAGCAUGAUCGGCCUUCGGCUCGUUUUGGGAUCUUCAGUUCUCCAGUUGUGCACUAUAGGGUCACCAACAGUCAUAACGCCCCAGCUACAGUCUGACUAUCACAUCUGUUGGAAAAAGACGCGAGGCGGUUAUCUGACAAAAACAGCCUUACUGUUACUGACUCUACGUCGUGCUUACUAUUUGGAAUAUACUAUGCUUCACAACGCCCGAUUCCACUCUUGUGGCGCAGCAGUAAGUAACCUAGUUAAUAUACUUCUUUACUAAUACUUUCCAUACUUAGCACC